AAGCCGGUGCGGAAGUGACCGGUGGAUUGCAGCAACAGCAGGCAGAAGGUCAGGUUGGUUCUCUGAUCAAUUUCAGCAUAAGUUUCCCCACAACUGUCGUCUGAACCACUUGUGAACUUCUCCCUGGUCUCGACAGGGGUCUUUAUACUCCGUGAUCUCCGAUAGGUGGAGGAGACACCCUCACCCUGAACACCGGUGCUGUAGGCUAUUUUGGCUCUUGUUUUAAAACAAGCUCCGCUGAACCUCGCCCUGAUGUCGGGGACUAAGUGCACACGGCUGAACGGGGCGCUGGUGAAACAGGUGCUGGAUUCGGUGGACAGCGUCCUGUUUGACUGUGACGGGGUGAUCUGGAGAGGGGACCAGUCCAUCCCCGGGGCUCCCCAGGUCAUAAACCUGCUCAAAGAGCACGGGAAGAAGGUCUUCUUCGUCACCAACAACAGCAGCAAGACGAGGAAGAUGUACGCGGAUAAAAUGACCUCGCUGGGCUUCGGUGUGAGAGAAGAAGAGGUGUUCGGAACCGCGUACUGCUGCGCCAUGUACCUGAAGACGGUGUGCAAGCUGGAGGGGAAAGUGUACCUGUUGGGAAGCAACGCCAUGGAGCAGGAGCUGGAGGCCGUGGGGAUCCAGCAGACCGGCGUGGGACCGGACCACGUCUUCGGAAAGCAGAACGACUGGGCCAGCGUGCCGCUGGACCCCGAGGUGAAGGCGGUGGUGGUCGGGUUCGACGAGCACUUCAGUUACAUGAAGCUGAACCGAGCCAUGCAGUACCUGAUCCAGAGGGACUGUCUGUUUGUGGGAACCAACAGGGACACCAGGCUGCCUCUGGAGGGGGGCAAGGCCGUGCCAGGUACAGGCUGCCUGUUGCAGGCUGUGGAAACGGCAGCCCAGCGUCAGGCCCAAACAGUGGGCAAGCCCAACCACUUCAUGUUCGACUGCGUGGCCUCCCAGUUCGGUGUGAACCCAGAUCGCUGCCUGAUGGUCGGGGAUCGGCUCGACACGGACAUCCUGCUGGGCUCCAACUGCGGCCUGAAGACCCUCCUCACCCUGACGGGGGUCAGCACCGUGGCGGAGGCCGAGGCCCACUGGGAGAGCGGUUGCUCGGAGAGGAAGGGGAUGGUGCCGGAUUAUUACGUGGAGAGCAUCGCAGACCUGCUUCCAGCUCUGCAGGGAUGAUACUGACUCGUAUGUCAGGUUCCAUCGUCUCUUUAAAAGGGAAAAUUUUAUUAUAAUCAAAUUUAAGUUUCUGUUUCUGUUGUGUGACAAACAGCACUGAAACUAGAUCUUAUUUAUGUAACUAACUAAAUGUCCAUUUUAAAUGAUUAGUAACACCAGAACAAAUAUGUCAGUAUUUUCUGUGUAUUUAAAGUUUUUAAAGAAACCUUGAAUCUACUGGCCUCUUUUCCUGCGAUGCUACUUCCUCUUAAGCACCUUUAAGGAAAACUCAACAAGGAGCACACACGUGGCAGCGUUGGUGUAAUGAUGUCCAGGUUUACAUUUCUGUAUCAAACUCUUUUGUGUUUGGAGACUUUGAAAUAAUGUGCAUAGUCUGAAUAAAAUUCAACCAUUUUCACAAACUCA